UGUUAUUUGUUUCUAUUUAGAUGUGGAAUAAAUAAUUAUUUGUGUUAAACAAUUGUAUAAUAAUUAUAAAGGUAAAUAAUUAAAUAAGUAUAUUUCAUUUCAUAUUGACGAUGAUGUCAUUUCCGGAAAAGGUCGCUAGUCGUUGUGAAGCAAUGGUGGAGCGAAACAGUUUUUUGACCGUGUAACAUUUUUCCAGUUAAUUUUGUUAUUAAACUUAUCUAAAGAAAGUUUCUGGACUACGGAAUGUUAUUCGAGUUCAAAUCACGCUCACACAAGAAGAAGAAACAGGAUUGAUGAAAAUUUAGAAGGAUUGCUAUCACAAAGAAAGUCAAAAAACUCGCUGUGGAUAUGGAGAACGAAAGUGAAAGUGCGCGGGCGGCGCGCAUUUGAAUCGACGGCAAAAACAUCAUCAAAGGAAUCAUCGUCUGUGAAUGAACACUGAAAUGUUUCACGAUCGUGGACUAUGAAUAAUGGACAGUGCUUUAUUUUCCAGUGGAUUUAAAACUGCGUCACAGUGUUUUGUUCAGUGGAUUUGAAACUGCGUCACAGAGAAAAACGUUGCUGCUUGUUUAAGCUCUUUAAACGAGGUAACGGACUUUUAAAUCAGCUAUAAAAUGGACGCAAUGCAUAUUUGAAGAAGCUGAAAUGCAUACGAUUGAUACGGAAAGGUAUUGUGCAUACUUUUAAUCGUCUGCAAACAUUUUGUGCAUUGAUGGAAAUAAGAUGGCUGAAGGGGGAGAGGACGUUGCAGUUUUUGAACACAAGAGGGCGCUUAAACCCACUGAAAGAGCGUUAGAAGAGCAGCUUCACAGACGCAUCGGACUAAGAAGGGCGAAAUUAUCUGCUCUUACCAGUAAAAGCAAAGCUAUUGAAAAGUUGAUGAUUGAUGAGGAAAAUCUACAGAAUGUACAAGAGUUGAUGCAACUUGACUUUGCACAAUUGCUAACUGAGUUUACUGAGUUAAAUCUGCAAGUUCAAGAUCUUUUGCCAGAAGAUGAAAGGAUUGCAGAUCAACAAAAUUGGUUUCAGCCUAAAAUGGAUUCCCUGAGACUUUUUGAAAAGAAAACAGAAAACUGGAUUGCUGCUGUUGGUGAUAAAAAAGGCCAAAAUGACAAUCUUGAUAUGGAGGAUGAUGUUAGUCCUCACGACAGUGCCUCACAGGUAUCUGCGAACAAGGGCGAAUCUAAUAAGAAGCAUGAUUCAGAUAUUGAAAGUGGAUCAGUUUCCUCCUCAGUAUCGUCAGCUUGUGCACGAGAAGAAUCGAAACGUGCAGCUCUGUUAGCAAGGGCAGCAUCCCUAAAGAAAAAACAACAACUUGAAAUUGAAAAGAUGCAGCUCAGAGCAAAAAUGGAGGAACUUGAAAUAGAAACAGCUCUUGCAGAAAGCAAUGCCAAAUUAAAGGUCCUGAAAGAGUAUGAACGAUCAGAUGAUGGCAGAAGCAGCAUACAAUCUAAACCAAGAAGGGGAAUCCACCAGAAGCAAUCAGAGCUGAAAACAGAGCAGAGUGACGAUUCACCAGGUCAUUCAUAUGUGGUGAAAAGUAAAAUGAAGACCAUCUCAAAUCCAGUGUUACUUGCACCACCACAGUUAGACAUACCAAGGGCCACAGGCCACAGUAACAAUCGUCAAGCAGAUGACAGCAUUAUUCAGAUUAUGCAGAAACAAAAUGACUUGACUGAAUUGCUAGUGAAACAGCAAAGACAAAUUCAGCUUCCAAGCAAAGACAUCCAAGUGUUUACUGGUGAUCCACUGACUUUCAAAUCCUUCAUCAGGUCCUUUGAGCAUACCAUAGAACACAAGAUAGACAAUGAUAAGGACAAGUUAUAUUACCUUGAACAAUACACUGCUGGAGAGCCGCAAGAGAUAGUAAGAAGCUGUGAAUAUAUGCCAUCAAGCAGAGGUUUCAAGGAAGCAAAACGGUUGCUCCAAAGGCAUUAUGGAGAUGAGCUAAUCAUAGCAAGUGCUUACAUUGAUAAAGCUUUAAAGUGGCCUCAGAUCAAGUCUGAUGAAGGUAAAGCUUUGAGUGCAUACGCUCUGUUCCUGAUUGGUUGUCGGAAUACAAUGGAAGAUGGAGAGUUCAUGGAGGAAAUGGACAAUCCUACCAAUAUGAGAGUUAUACUUUCAAAGCUACCAUACAAGAUGAAAGAAAGGUGGCGAUCAGAAGCUUACGAUAUCAAAGAGCGACAAGGAGUAAGAGCAAGAUUUACUCAUUUAGUUGACUUUAUUGAUCGUCAAGCUAAAGUGGCCAUGGACCCUCUCUUCGGUGACAUACUGGAUCAUCGCAAUGUUGUAACAGCAAAGGUGAAUCAGAAAGAAAGGUUUAUUACUAAAAAAGGAAUAACAAAGAGCAGCUUUGCAACCAACAUUUGCAUGAAGGAAAGAAGACCUCAAUUUGUGUCAAGGAAACAGGUCAGUCCACCCAAGACUCAGAGCCUCAAUGCCUUUGAAAAACCAUGUAUGUUUUGCACAAAGGAUCAUGCUCUUGAGUCAUGCAGUGAAAUUAAAGAGCAGCCACAUAAGGUACGUGUGGAGUUCCUGAAGUCUAAGGGCUUAUGCUUUGGAUGCUUAACUCAAGGCCAUCUUAGCAAGACUUGCAAAAAGAAAAUGGAAUGUAAAGAAUGUUCCCAAAAACACCCAGACAUUCUACACAUUAAGGAGAACCAAAAAGGUACAAAAGAUGUUGAAACACCAGACAAGAAGAUCUCAUGUGCCCAAGUCUCCCUUAACCACAAAUCAAGUGAGAACACAGAGUCUGGAGGAGAUAACUGUGUGCUAUCAAUAGUGCCAGUAAAAGUCAAGUCGAAUAAGAGUGACAGAUAUGUAGAAACAUAUGCCUUUCUGGAUGCAGGAAGUACAGCUACAUUUUGUACUGAGGAUCUGCAAAGGAAGCUGAACCUGAAAGGGAAGCCAACUCAAAUUCUACUGAGUACUAUGUGUCAAGAUAAGCCAGGAGAGCAGAAGCUAGUAAACAGUUUCAUCCUCACGGACUUGGAAGUCUGUGCGCUGGAAGACACAAAGUAUUAUGAGCUACCUAAAGUCUUCACACACAGCAGUAUCCCUGUUCAAAAUGAGAACAUUCCUAAUCAAAAAGACAUCAGAAAAUGGCCAUACUUGAGCGAAGUAAGCAUACCUAACAUUGAUGCUAAUGUAGACCUUCUGAUUGGAGCCAACAAUUCAAAGGCAAUGGAGCCAUGGUACAUCAUAAACAGCCAACAAGAUGGACCUUAUGCUGUGAAAACUGCACUUGGCUGGGUGGUGAAUGGACCCAUCAAGAAAGAAAACAACACUGCAGAAAAGUCCAAACUGCCACAACAUACAGUUAAUCGUCUCUCAGUAAUGGAGAUAGAGCAAUUGUUGAUUCAACAGUACAACACAGAUUUCCCAGAGCGUCACUAUGAAGAAAAAGAGGAAAUGUCAAUGGAGGACAAACAGUUCAUGCAGUCAGUGCAGAAAAGGACUAAGUUUGAAAAUGGGCAUUACUGUGUAAGACUACCACUGAGAAAUGAAGCAAUCAAAAUGCCAAACAAUAGAUGUGUUGCUGAACUACGUGCUGCUAACCUGAAACGAAAGCUUCAAAGGAACUCAAGUUUGCUUGAAGAUUACAGUAGCUUUAUGAAAGGUAUAAUAGAGAAAGGAUAUGCAGUUAAAGUUCCCCCUGAACAGCUUGUUCGCAACGAUAACAGAGUCUGGUACAUACCACACCACGGGGUGUACCACCCAAAGAAAGACAAAAUACGAGUGGUUUUUGAUUGUACUGCUUCGUUUCAAGGCAUGUCUCUGAACAGCCAGUUGCUGCAGGGUCCGAACCUCACAAACACACUCAUUGGUGUCCUUACCAGAUUUAGGGAAGAACCAAUAGCUAUGAUGGCAGAUGUGGAGUCGAUGUUUUAUCAGGUGAGGGUUCCUGAGGACGACGCAGAUCUGCUUCGCUUUCUUUGGUGGCCAGAGGGCAAUUUGAAUGCACCUAUAGAAGAAUUUAGGAUGAUGGUGCACUUAUUCGGAGCCACUUCGUCACCUAGCUGCGCCUCUUAUGCAUUGAAAAGGACUGCAGAGGACAGAAAAGAAGUAGCAUCUCCAAAAGCUGUUGAAACAGUUAUGCACAAUUUUUACGUGGAUGAUUGCCUGAAAUCUGUGUCUACAGAACAAGAAGCAAUUGACUUGGCAAGUGAUGUUCGGAAGUUGUGUGCUGAAGGAGGUUUCUGCUUAACGAAGUGGGUAAGCAAUAGUAGGAAAGUACUAUUGUCCAUUCCAGAAGAACAAAGGGCCAGUGGAAUAAAGGACCUAGACUUGGAUCAGGAUUCUCUGCCAAUUGAGAGAGCACUCGGCAUGCAGUGGUGUACAGAAAAUGACACCUUCACAUACAACAUCAAGAUACAGGAGAAGCCAUUGAGUAGAAGAGGUAUUCUGUCAGUUGUUAAUUCAAUUUAUGACCCUCUUGGUUUUCUGGUGCCACUCAUCCUACCAGUCAAGCUCCUUCUAAGGGAUUUGUGCAAACAAGGAUAUGGAUGGGAUGAAGAGAUUGAGGGCAAGCGAGCUGAUCAGUGGGUCAGAUGGCUAGAAGAGCUAAAUCACCUCUCAGACUUCCAGAUCAAAAGGUGUGUAAAACCAGAGAAGUUCGGAAACACAACAGAAGCGCAAUUGCAUCAUUUCUCUGAUGCCAGCGAGAGUGCUUAUGGCACAGCAACUUAUCUGGUACUUACAAAUGAACAAAAUCAGAAACAUUGUUCCUUGUUAAUGGGAAAGUCAAGAGUUAGCCCACUCAAACAAAUCACAAUCCCUAGACUUGAGCUGACAGCGGCAACCGUAGCUGUCAAAGUAGACAAAAUACUAAGACAAGAGCUUCAAAUUCCAUUACAGCAGUCAGUUUUCUGGACAGACAGCACUACAGUGCUCAGUUACAUUGGCAAUGACAGUGCACGCUUCAAAACAUUUGUAGCAAACAGGAUCUCACUCAUACGAGAUGCUACUAGUCCAUUACAAUGGAGGUUUGUCAAGACAUCACUAAACCCUGCUGAUGAAGCUACCAGAGGUUUUAAAGCAAAGGACUUUGUCCAGGCAGAAACUUGGAUUAAAGGACCUGACUUUUUGUUGAAACCAGAGGAAGAAUGGCCACAAAGACGAGAUCUAACGAGUCAAGGUGCACAACAAGACCCUGAAAUUAAAGGUGAAAUCAAAGUUAACGUUCUCAACAUCAGUGAAAACGAGGACAUUGUAAGUAAACUGAUUGAUUACUACUCAAGCUGGUUUCAUCUAAAGAAGGCAGUGGCAUGGAUGCUUAGACUCAAAGAAACCCUUUUACAUUUAUGUAAAGCAAGAAAACAGUUCCAAGAGUCUAUUGCCCAAUCAGAGAAAGACCCAGAAAAACAAGGGUCCCUUCUACAAGAGCAAAUGCAAAAAUACAGAUCAACAAUGGAGAAAAAGUCACUGAGCCUGGAAAACUUGAAUCAAGCUGAAAUUCAGCUCAUUCAAUUCAGUCAGAAGCAACAAUUUCAGGAAGAAAUUGAGGCUCUGAGAAAGAAUGUUCCUAUCAAGAAAAGAAGUCAGCUGUUCAAGCUUGACCCUGUACUUCAGGAUGGGAUACUAAGAGUGGGAGGUAGGCUCAACAGAGCUGCAAUGCCAGAGGAAUCCAGACAUCCCGCAAUCCUCUCAAAAGGCUCAAGGAUAUCAACUCUCAUUCUAAAUGAUAUUCAUCAAAGAUAUGGACACUGUGGUCGAAACUACAUGCUAGCUACGCUCCGACAGAGAUUCUGGAUCCCACAAGCCAACUCAGCGAUUCGAAAACUUAUCCAUAAAUGUGCAGUUUGUCGCAGACUUAAUGGAAGAGUUGGUGAGCAAAAAAUGGCAAAUUUGCCAGAAGACCGCUUGCUACCUGAUAAACCCCCUUUCACGAACGCGGGCAUCGAUUACUUUGGACCCUUCGACGUAAAACGGGGUCGGAGUACUGUAAAAAGGUAUGGAGUGUUGUUCACUUGCCUAACAAUCAGAGCAGUACACAUUGAGAUAGCAGAUAGUUUGAACACGGACUCAUGCAUAAACGCUUUGAGGCGUUUUAUAAGUAGAAGAGGACAGGUGUCAGUCAUGCGCUCAGACAACGGCACAAAUUUUGUCGGCGCAGAAAGAGAAUUGCGAGAAGCACUGAGAAACCUGGACCAUAACAAAAUUGAAAACGCUAUGCUAGAGAAAGGGAUUAAAUGGAUCUUCAACAGUCCAGCUGCUUCUCAUCAAGGUGGGGUUUGGGAGCGUCAAAUCCGAACCGUAAGAAAGAUACUCGGCGCUCUCUUAAAGGAACAGACUAUCACUGAUGACAGUCUUCAUACCAUCAUGUGCGAGGUGGAAAGUAUCAUCAACAACAGACCAAUAACUAUUACCUCAGAUGAUCCAAAUGACCUUGAGCCUCUGACGCCUAACCAUUUACUGUUGUUGAAAACUAAACCCAGCUUACCACCAGGUGUCUUUAACAAGGAGGACCAAUAUGCCAGAAAACGUUGGAGACAAGUCCAAUAUCUCGCCGAUUUGUUCUGGAGCAGAUGGACUUAUGAGUACCUGCCCAUUCUUCAGGAACGCAGUAAAUGGUCAAAAUUAAAAAGGAACUUUGAACCUGGUGAUGUGGUGUUGGUUGUGGACAGUUCUUCCCCCCGCAAUUCAUGGAUAAUGGGAAGAGUAAUUCAAACCUUACCAGACUCCAGUGGAACUGUACGGCGUGUGAAGUUAAAGACCAAAACAAAUGUACUGGAGAGACCUGUAAAUAAACUCUGCUUAAUUCAAGAGGCAGUUUAAGCAUGAAGACUAAUCAAGAGUAACCAAAGAAAAAUGUGUAAGAACUAAGUAGCUAUUUCUUAUCCAUAAAUGUUCAAGUUUAAUGGCUCUUAGUAUUAAUGUGUAUAAUUGUUUGGUCUCCUGCCCAACCAAUUAGGGGCCAGAUGUGUAAGAGCCAUAUGUUAUUUGUUUCUAUUUAGAUGUGGAAUAAAUAAUUAUUUGUGUUAAACAAUUGUAUAAUAAUUAUAAAGGUAAAUAAUUAAAUAAGUAUAUUUCAUUUCAUAUUGACGAUGAUGUCAUUUCCGGAAAAGGUCGCUAGUCGUUGUGAAGCAAUGGUGGAGCGAAACAGUUUUUUGACCGUGUAACAUUUUUCCAGUUAAUUUUGUUAUUAAACUUAUCUAAAGAAAGUUUCUGGACUACGGAAUGUUAUUCGAGUUCAAAUCACGCUCACACAAGAAGAAGAAACAGGAUUGAUGAAAAUUUAGAAGGAUUGCUAUCACA